GCAGAGCAGCAUUUUGGAAACAGUCUGCCGCCGCAUUUUUCAUGAGUACUGCAUGUGUGCAAAACCCAUGAUUAUUUUUAUUAUUUCUGUUGCUAAUUUAAGUGAUUUUCUGAUUAGCAAAUAACGAUGUUGCCAGAAGAAUAAAGCAUGAGAUGUGUUCAAGCAUUCAGGUGUUCAGGUGAUCUGAAAGUACGCACUCGACUGAAUCCCCAAACAGCAGGCCCAGCAGCUUUCAAGAACUACACAGUGUUUGAGAAGAAGUUUGAAGAGCAGAGAGGAAUUGAGUACGUCAUCAUCAGCAAAAGGCGAUUUCAAUACGAGAAGGAGUUUAAGGACCCUAAAAGAACAAGGCAGGUGUAUCAGUCAUGUCUGGAUCUCAUUCCAAACAAAAAGACGGACGCUGGAUGGGAAGAAUAUUACGACUACAUCUUCCCAGAGGACGCUGCCAAUCAACCAAAGCUGCUGUCCAUGGCCCACAUGUGGAAGAAGCAGCAACAGCAGGACCAGGAUCAGGAGAAACAAGAGGCAGAAAAGGAUGAAUCUACUGAACCCACACAGCCAAGAGACGAGCAGGAGGAAAGCAGAGAAACACAGGAGACUAUAGAGAAUGUGCCUGAUGUUCGGGACGACAGUGACAGCAGCAGCAGUGAGAGUGAAAGUGAAACUAAAAACUAAAACUGUCAUUGAGACUUUUAAUGGCUUCCCAUGGUGGAAUAUUUACUUCUGGAUGUGUCUUUAGUUUAAAAGAAACAUCUAAUAAAAAUCAACAUUUCAACA